GUGAGUGCAGCAUAGCACACCCCUCCAUCCCGGUGCAGAGCAGAGGACGUCUGCUGACUGACUGAGGUGCGCACUGAGCGCGCCGCUCGGCCCGUCCGGACACUGCAGUGGAGGUACCGAGCCAUCGCUGCGGCUACUCGUUCCCGAUAUAACGUCCCGCUGUAGCCGGCCCGGGCCGGGACAGAUCAGGUGUGAAAAACCGCUGGGAACGAUGGCCGAAUCCAACAUUCGGUGGGGGUUCCCCCGUCUGCGCCGGGCCGCGACUUCUUUUCCUGGCAACUUGCACUUGGUCUUGGUGCUUCGCCCCACCGGCUUGUUAAGCUCCACACCCAGUCCAUCCUCCAGCACAGAUCUGGGCUUUCGCUUCAGCCAGGAUGACUUCCUGCUAAAGAUGCCGGUGGUGAUGCUGCGCUCCGUUGGCGACCUGCUGCGCUACAUCGAUGAAAACCACCUGGCAUCAGACUUUACUGCAAAGGUGGAAUAUUGCCAGAGUGACUGGGUCCUUCUACGAUCGUCCAUUGAGACCUUUGCAGUGACAGUGAAGGAGAUCGCCCAGCUGCUGCAGGGAUUUGGCUCUGAGCUGUCUGAGACCGAACUCCCAGAUGAAGCUAAUGCCAUUGAAUUCCUGCUUCACUCCCACACACAUCGAUACAGACAGAUGAAGGAUGAUAUCCGGGGUGUGCUGAAAGAAGGACGCCUGCUGCUGUCAAACCUGGAAACAGUUAAAGCUGCUAAGAGAGAGGUUGAGGAAGAGAGGGAAAUACAGGCUGACAUGGAAACUGUUCAGAGGCUUCUGGCACAGCUCAGAGACAUGGAGGAGGCAUUUGAUGGUUUCUUUGAAAAACAUCAUCUAAAGCUGCAACAGUACCUCCAGCUGCUGCAUUAUGAAAGCAGCUUCCAGCAGAUGGAUGAGGUGCUGGAGCAACUCUCUGCUCAGGAGAAGGAAAUUGCCUCCGUGGGAACUACAGUUGUUCAGACAGAACAGUUACUCAAAGACCUGGACAGUCUGGAUAAACGUGCUCAGGAGGAGAUGACUCGUGCCCAGGUUGUGAUCCUGCAUGGUCACCAAUUGGCUGCCAACCACCACUACGCUCUGGCACUCAUCAUCCAGCGCUGCAACGAGCUGCGACAUCACUGUGAUGUCAUCAGCACUGCCAUACGCACCAAGCGGGCGUCACUCACCCGAACACGAGACUUGCUGCGUCGCCUCGAGGAAGCGCUUCGCUGGUGUGACGAGGGCGCCUAUCUUCUGGCGAGUCAGAUGGUGGACAAAUUUCAAACGAGAGAGGGAGCUCAGGAGGCGCUGCAGUACCUGAGCUGCCACCAGGAGAGGGCGCCAUCUGUCCUGAACAACAGCCAGGACACCCUGAGCCUGGAGUUUGAAGCUGUACUCACACCACAGCUGCAGUCGCAGAUCACGAUGGUAAAAGAGAAGCUGAUCUCAGUUCAGUGCAUGAUCAGAAACAGAGAGCAGUGUUUAAAGAAGCUGGCAGAUGUGCAGGUGCGACCCAUACAGCUGGUGGCACCUCGGCCUGAACCGGACCAGACCUUACUCCGUUGCAAGUCACCUCUCUUCUCACCGAAACACGGUGUGGACUUCAACGUAUUGAACUCAAAGUUCUCAUUUGACCUCCUUCCUGGCAAAAGAGCUGCAAGGAGAAACAACAGUCCUCGCAAGAUUGAGGUGAUGCAUGACUACCAAGGUAACCGCAGCUGUCUGUAUGGUCCCAACCCUGAAACUGAUUCAGAGGCAGAGGACAAUCCAGAACAGGUCACACGGCACAUUAUGAAGGAACUGAUAGCUACAGAGAGGAUUUAUGUUGAUGAACUGCUCUCUGUUCUUCUGGGUUACAGGGCAGAAAUGGAGGACCCCUCCAUGUCUUAUCUUCUUCCCUCGGCUCUCCACAGCCAAAAAGACGUACUGUUUGGCAACAUGCCAGAGAUUUACCAGUUCCACAGCAGGAUCUUCCUCCAAGAUCUGCAGGGUUGCCUGGAAACGCCAGAGAGGGUGGGUGCGUGCUUUCUGCAGCGGAAAGACAAAUUCCACGUGUACGAGUGUUACUGCCAAAAUAAGCCUUGCUCUGAGCUGCUUUGGAGACAGUGCUCUGAUUCCCCCUUUUUCCAGGAGUGCCAGAAAAAGCUGGACCACAAGUUGGGCCUGGAUUCCUAUCUUCUGAAACCAAUUCAACGCCUCACAAAGUACCAACUGCUGCUUAAGGAGCUUUUAAAACACUGUGUGGAGGAGCAGUACCGCUGUGAGCUCCAGGAGGCUCUUGACUCCAUGCUGGAGCUGCUGAAGUCUGUCAACGACUCCAUGCAUCAGAUAGCCAUCACAGGAUAUCCGGGUGAUAUUAGCCAGCUGGGCCGCAUAAUUCUCCAGGGGAGCUUCAGCGUGUGGAUCAGCCACAAACGGGCAGCGGUGCGAAUGAAGGAGCUGGCCAGAUUCAAACCCAUGCAGCGACAUCUUUUCCUCUACGAGCACGCCCUGCUCUUCUGCAAGCGACGGGACGAAGACAGCCAUGACAGCUUCUACAGCUUCAAAUCCUGCCUCAGAAUGAGCUCUGUGGCGAUCACAGAAACUGUGAAAGGAGAUGUGAAGAAGUUUGAAAUCAGCUACAGUGGCAGAGAAGUCGUUUAUAUAGUCCAGGCUCCAACAGUGGAGGUCAAAGUUGCGUGGCUGAACGAGAUUGAAAAGAUACUUGCCAACCCACAGAAACUACAACCAGAUGAGUCUUCUUCUCUUUCUCUCCCAGACAACCUUCUCUCUGACAGCACUUCAGAGAUGUGUGUGUCGUGGGGCGCCGCACCAGUGGGAGGCUGCUCAGCGUGUCUUCCUGUUCCUCACAGUUCCUCGGCAACAAACCACUCCUACAUAUGCAGAGGGGAGGAGUCCACACGUUCAAGCCCCGCACAUUCAGACCCUGUGGUUCACUCACCUCGACGUAGUUGGCCUGCUCCUGCUCACUCUGUGGCAAUCUGCGAGGGCCUGGAGGACUGGGGUGCUACAGACCUCUCUGCCUUAUCUGACUCAGAUGAGGAGGACCAGCCUUCCCCACUGGUGGCUGGUAGGUACCGGGUCAUGGUAGAAAGCAGCAUGGCCAGCUCUGAUGACAUCAUCUUUAACUGCGGCGAUGUCAUUCAGCUUCUUCAUGAGGAUUCAUCAGGAGUGUGGAUGGUAAAGAAUAUCAGUCGUGAUGAGGAAGGUCGAGUUCCGAUCGAGGACUUGCACAGGAUUCUGGGAGAGAGCUGCUGAGAGCCAAUCAAAAGUCCCACCGUGCCAGAAAACGUACAUCAUCCAUUAACUCGCUAAACAAAUGUGGGCAUCUGGUUCAGUCAAGUUAGACUGAAACACACCAUCAGCCACUUAUUCUACUCUUCAAAGAGCUGUGACAGUUUCCCCUCAGAAGCUGGGUAGGGCAGAACGGACCUAAGAAGACUGUGAAAACAGAAAGCACAUACAAGCACAUACAAGCCAUUUUUAUCUACUUUCUCCAGCAAUGAUGCAGAAGAUUGUUUGGACUGGACUAGUUUGGUGGUUCCUCCUCAUACUUCUUACAUGGACUAUAAUUUUAAAAGUUGUAUAAAUAAUAUUUUCUUAUGACAUAUAAAUAACACAAGCAGAUACAUAUGGAUAUAUCGUGUGUGCCAAACAGCGAAGGUGACCACAGCAGCUUCUCUUGGUGACAUUGUUUUGAGUGAAACCUGCUUUCUACUUCUGCAGGCAUCAUAAUAGGGUUUUUUGAUGUGUGAAGAAAUCACCACAUUAACUUCACCUCUUAAACCCUCUUCACGCUGGAAUAAGACUGCCCUGUAAUCAGCCAGAUGGUUUUUGCAGGGUCUUGGUGAGAUAUUUUACCACAUAUAAAGACCACAGUUGUUACCUGUGAAACUCUCUGACCUUUUUUGCAUGCACAAAACAUCCAAGGCAAGCUCAUGGGGGUUAUUAUCGAGGCAUGACAUAUAUGGGACUUGGGUGCUCCAUAGGCGAGGCUGGUUGCAGCAGUGGUAGGUCUUCCAUGUUGGUGGCUCUGGUGGCUUCAAGUCUAAACUAAUCCACAUCAGCAUUCUGUCCUGUCACUGCUCUGACUGUUCCCAGAAGGAUCUCGCCAAGCAGUUAACAUGAAUAUUCCACUGUCUUCAUUGCAAUAAAUAAUGACCCCUUUUGAACAAAAAGGUCAGUAUGCUCUGGGUUCCCUGUGGAAUACAGCUGCAAGCUGGGAAGAAGUGCUGAUACCUCAAAACUGUGCAUAGAUGGUUGAAGGGAGGCUUAGGGAAGGAGCAGAAUGAGAAAAAUGGGCAAGCAGAUGCUUGUAUUGUUCAUUUUAAAAAUUUUUAAAUGUAAAAGUGCAUCUUUGGCAAUCACAGAACUUCAGGCUUCAUAACCUCAGUUUUAUUAUUUCACAGUAAUCGUUUAAAGGGGACAUAACAUGCUUUUAAAUCAUUCCUUUUGACACUCAAAUCAUUCAGUUGUGGUCUAUAUAGUGGAACAUCAGUGCUUUGGUUUGAACUCCUUGUUAUUGUAGCUCCACAGGCUCCUCUUUUACCCCUUUUCUGAGGUUCGUCUAAGAGCAACUCGUUUAGGUGCGGUCUCUUUAAAGGACAUCAUAUCAACGCACAAUAAAUUCAUGUAUACAUAAGAGUUUGUUGUCAUUUUAGGGUUAUUUGCAGCUUACCACUGUGCUGCGUCUGUCGUUUCAAUAGACACAAGGAACUGACCCCUUAAUCAGAUGAAGUCAGCAAAUCCUUCUUGAUACUGGUGGAAGUUGCUGAGGGCACUCGUCCUUGAAGUGGGGAAAAUAAGAAUUUCCCCACUGAUGUGAGAACAUUUCCAUUAAAAAUAAAAUUGAACCAGGCACUUCAAAGAGGUUCUGAUGCUGGGGGAUGGUGUAAUUAAUUGCGUGGGUUAAUACACCCAACAACCGACCCAAACAUAUCCUUUUUCAGCAUAGGCAUACUUGAGCUUGGACUACAGUAUCGCAGCAAGAAUAAAUAUGGUGGAUACGUGGAAUUGAUCAGCUGAAAGUCCAUGACUUUAUUUAGCUGUUCCGCAGCAAAUACUGUGACGUAACAGAUAGAAAAACGGAAAGGAUGAUAGAGAAAACUGAACGGACUGAAAAAUAUGUCAAAAAUAGACUAUAAAAAUAUCUCUGCAACACCUAGAGAGACUAAAUUCCACUUUUCUGCACUCCUACAGAAUCCAAAUACACAAUAAAAUGUAUAUAAAGGCUAAAAAAGUGUAUUUUGCACGAUAAGUCCCCUUUAAAUACACAGAUGUUGUUUUUUGUGAUUACUGAUUUCUUCUGAUUGUGCAAGUCUUGGUACAUACACAGACCACUGCACCAGUUUAAAUUUUUUUACGCAAGAUGGUUCAGUCUGGCAUGCAAAGCUCUCUGUCCAGAGCCUUUCCUUCACCUGCUUUUUUUAAAAACAACAUCUAAACUGAUCAAAAUACACGUAGAGUUUUUUCAUCCACAACAAAGCUGAAACUGAUGGUGGAGAUGCAGAAAUCUUCUGUAUGUGCCUGUGUGUGCAUAUAUAUUGUGUUAAGAUGGCCAGAAAAUUAGCUAUGCAGUAAGGUCAGGCUUGCUAACAACGAGAAAGGAAGUUUUCAAAAUUUGCGGUUAUCCACACAUGUUCAAACGUUCGUGGAAGUCUGAGAGAAUGUAGAGCUAUCUUAAUCUAGCGUGAAUGGAGUUAAAGUAACAAAAGUUACUGAUAGUCUUCCAGCGGCAUUCACCAGCAGGACAAAGAAACUAAGGGGUUUAAGGUCAACCUAUGACAGGUCUUGCAGUUAUCUUCAUUACUUGCAGCCAUUAUUAUACUUUUUCCAUUGCUUGAUAAUAUUUUGUUUCAUGUCAAAAACAUUUCACUGCAAAUCCUCUAUUUUUUUGUAAUGACAAGCAGAGUUUUAAACAUUAAAGAUAAUCUGGCAACAUUUUGGCAGAGUGAAGCCACACAAUAACAUAUCCAGUCAGUUCCCAUAUAGCUGUUAGUACACAGAAGCAAUAGCAAAAUCUUUGUGCAAUCUGCAUCUAUGUCAAUGGUUUUACACUAUUCUACAGAAGAUUUUAUUCCUAUUCUUAAAAUUAAUAUGAAACGACAAUGAACCAUUAUAUAAGUGAGAGACGUUCUUCACGGCACAACACAGCUAUUUCUCAUAUUAUGUCAAGUAAAAAAAGGAGGAAGCGAAGUACGAAGUAAACAUAAUGCUACAAUAAUGGUCAGUAAUCUAGAAGAACUGGAAAAGAGAAAAUCUACAUUGACUUUUGUUCAAGAUUAAUGUAACUUCCAUCAAACCAUUUAUCUUCCGACCAUUUACUGUAUUUGCUUUAUUAUGCUCUGGGUGGCAAGGGAAUCCAUUGCAGGUCUGUAAUUAUUUUGUUGUUUCCUUUAAAACUCUUCUUUGAUUGCUGCUGCUUAUGAAUGUAUUUCUGCAUAUACAUAUGUAUUUGUUCCAAGUUGAUAUUUGCUGCUAAAACGUCUGUACCCUGUCCAUCAAAUGCAACUGUCAAGCACAGCGUUUUAUUGAUUUGCUUGUGGCUUUUGCAUGGACACAUACCUCUCUACAGAUUUGUGCUUUAUUUCUGCCUCCUCUGUUAUUUUACACAAACAGGGGAAUGGUGGUUACUGUUGGGUAGUAACUGUAAAAAAAAGUAAUCUAAGGCUGAAAUAGAAACUCAAGCGAUGAAGAAACAGACAGAGGUUUAACUGCCAGGGUAAAAACUGCCAGGACUGACUCUCCCAUAUUGUAUUAAGGAUCUUGUCAGACUAAAGUUAAGUGGUUUUCCAAUAAAAAGAGUGAAGAGUGGUAAUCAAAACACUGCCACUUACUUGCUUAAAAAAUAGGACACUUUUUGAGAGAUCAACAGUCAAGUGUGAAUAUGUAAAUAAUAAGAACACAACUAGUAUCAAAAAUGUAUCUUAACAGAAAAAAAUCACUCGGGCAGUCAAUAGCUAUCAACUGUCUUAAACAGAUAAUCUAAAAUACAUAAUAUUAGUUACAUCCUUUAAAAAUUAACCGUACCAAAUUUAAGAUGAACUUCACCAGUGGAACUAGAUUUAAUCUCACUGUAUUUAACACCUACAGUUUGACUGUAGUCACUUCAUAGUGAGUGCCAACACAUUAGAUUUUUCAAACCAGCUCAGAAUUUAGAAAUGGUUUUGUUCUGUCAAGCUUUUUGAACUUGAACUCGGUUGCUGCUUUUGCUCACUUUGCACUUAUUUUGUAUCUUCUGAAUCAUAGAGAAAGCUUGUAUUUUAAUGCAUCAUACCUGUAAUUAUUUUCCAAAAUAUAAGCACAUAGUUAUUUGAUUUGAUUCAAUCCCGAAUUAUGUGUUGAGGGGUUUAUUUAAACUGCAUUUCUGAAGGUAGGGGUCUUUGCAGGAUUACUGUACUUCAUAAAGUCCCACGAAGAUGUUUUAAUUUUCUAGUGCCUAAUAAACAUCUUCUCAGAGCUA